AUGAAGCGCUCAGAGCCCAACAACCUGAAAACAGAGGAAGAAAAGUCCAGCCAUGCUUCUGAAGACAUGAAGGAUCAAAUUAAAGUGAAACAUCUGGAGAGCUUAUUGGAAGAACUGGGCUUGAAGCAGUACUACAGAGAGAAGCUAUCGCUCAGCAGAAUACUUGAGAUUGGCAUGAGGACCACCACUGAUGAACCUGCCAAGUGUAAAUCUGACCUGUCAUGGUAUUUUCUACAGAAACUAAUGAUGUUUAAUGUCACUGCUAGGAAUGUGAAAUGCACAUUAGAGUGUGAGUCAAACAGUGAUGAUGAAUCAGGGAGUAAAAAGUUCAGUCUUAAAAGUCUGGUCUGCAGUCCAAACACAGAUGACAUGGUGAACCCCCUCGACAUAAUCACUGCUCUCUUUCUGUGUUCUGAUGGUUUUCUGCAGCAGGAAAUGGCACUAAAAAUGUCCAUGUGUCAGUUCUCUGUUCCUCUGCUGCUUCCUAGUUGUGACACCGGUCAGUGCACACUCAUGCUGUGGGCCAUGAGAGACAUUGUUAAGAAGUACAGAGCUCAGUCUCUUUCAGAGUCUAAGGGCUUCAUUGAAGACAGAAUCGUUCUCUCUGAACUUCCAAUGAUCUCUUUUGUCAGACUGGGUGAGUGCUCCUUGUCCAAGUCAAAGUUUCUUAAUAAGCUUCUGAGCAAUUCUCAGCAGUACCACGACACCUUUGUUCAUCGCAACAUGGAGUGUGGUGACAGUCCAAGAAGAAUUUCCAACGGACUGACUGAAAUUACUUGGUAUCUUCCUUGUGGAAACACAAACAUUGAUAUUUUCCGUCAGCCAGUGGCUGUAGCUAACCUUCGUGGGGACAUUGCUUCAUUUGAAACACAAUACUCCUUUUUGUGUCAGACAUCUGCAGCAGUUUUUGUCUUCUUUGACCAUUUGGAUUCUGAGUCUGAGUCUGUGAUCAAUCUGCUUAAAAGCCAACACCACAAAGGACAGGUCUUCUUGGUGGGAAACUAUGAGAGCAAGCGCUUCAAUUUAGAUGCUUUAGAAAAAGUGGCAUCUGAGUUGGGCUUGAAUAAAAACAACAUCAUUAUUAAGACAAAGCAGAAAAAUGACGCAAAUUUUGUAAAAGAUUUGAAGAAAACAGUCAGUAAUGUGGUUGAGAAAUCAGAGCUGAAGAUGAAAAUAGAGGAGAUGGUGGACGUUGCUCAUGAACUGGGAAUACUGGUUGAUGAAGACUCUCCAGAGUGCCAGACUGCAAAAGAAAAUGCAAAAACCAUCACGGCAGGAAUUCAAGACAUUUAUAAAUACAAAGAAGAUGAGCUUCCCCGCCAAGGACAAAUAUGGAAAACAUUGACCUCGUUAGAGAAGGAAGAAUUUCGACUUCGACAUGUUGGAUCUAAAAAUGUAGAAAAUUACAAAAGUGAUCUUCAGAAACAGAAAGAAGAACUGCGGCAAAAACAGAACUCUUAUGAGAUAUCAACAGCUAUGACAAACUUCAUCACUGGGAUAUCAAGCCCAGGAACAGAGAGGUUUUAUUUCCUGAAAUGGAUGAGAAUGAACCUCGAUAAUGUGUCUCGUAUAAAACUGUGUGAACUCAGGGAGAAAUAUAAAGAAAAAUGCAAGAACUCCGAGAACAAAGAGGAGAUCAAAGAAAUUGAUAAACAAAUUUCCAACAGCUCACUGGGGAUUGAACACUUCUUCCGUGAAAUGGGUCAGAUCUAUGAAGCUUCACUGUCUCUCUCCAAAACACACCCAUCACGUCAACAGUUGCACCAUCUGCCCAAACUGUGUGCAGAGUUGUUGCUUGAUGGAUUUCCUCUUGAGCUUGUAGAUGGAGAUGCAUCCAACAUCCCUCUCAGAUGGGUGAGUGAUGUUCUCUCUCAGCUCAGUGACCUGGUGUCUCCAAAGAAAAAAGGAAAGAAGAGAAAGAUAUUGGUAGUCACAGUUCUUGGAGUUCAGAGCACAGGAAAGUCCACUCUCCUUAACACCAUGUUUGGAGUGCAGUUUGCAGUCAGCAGUGGUCGAUGUACUCGAGGUGCUUUUAUGUUGCUCAUCAAAAUCAAUGAAAACUUCAAAAACAUCCUAAAAUGUGACUUCUUGGUGAUCAUUGACACUGAGGGCUUAAAGUCACCAGAACUUGCACAACUGGACAACAGCUAUGAGCACGACAAUGAGCUUGCAACACUUGUUGUGGGGCUGAGUGAUGUCACCAUAGUCAACAUUGCAAUGGAGAAUUUAAUUGAAAUGAAAGACAUCCUACAAAUAGUUGUGCAUGCUUUUCUCAGGAUGAAGGAGGUGGGCAAAAAGCCUAAAUGUCAGUUUGUUCACCAGAAUGUGUCGGAUGUUUCAGCCCAUGAGAAGAACUUACGAGACAGGAAACUGCUCCUGGAUCAGUUGAAUGAGAUGACUCAGGCAGCAGCCAAAAUGGAAAAGAAAGAGGAGAACAAGAGCUUCACUGAUGUGAUGGAGUACAGUCCAGACACUGGGAACUGGUACAUUCCUGGACUGUGGAAUGGAAACCCACCAAUGGCACCAGUUAGUGCAGGAUACAGUGAGGCUGUAUAUGAGCUCAAGAAAAACAUCAUCCAACUAUUGAGAGACUGUGAGUCAUCUGCUAAUGAUAUCAUGGAGUUUAAAGAGUGGGUGAAAAGUCUGUGGAAUGCAGUAAAGCAUGAAAACUUCAUCUUCAGCUUCAGAAACAGCCUCGUAGCUGAUGCAUACAUGAAGCUCUGCACAGAGUUCAAUAAAUGGGAGUGGGAGUUCAGAAAAGACAUGUACACCUGGCACAUCUGUGGAUUUGCAGCCAGAGAGUUUCAGAAAAUGCACGAAGAUUUCAUAGAAGAAAAUGAUCCGUACAGAUGUCUGAUUAAAAACAAGGAAAGGUUUCAUGAUGAUUUCAAAGAUGUGUUUCAUGAACGAGACCAGUGUCAGAAGAAGGCAGAAGAAUUCACAAAACGAUGCUUGAAGCCUGCUGUUGAAGACUUUGUUAAUCGUUCCCUGGGCCCUGAUAUCAUUGAUGAAAUGAGGAAACUCGAGCAGUUCAGCACAAGAAUGUCCUUCCAGUAUUCAAUUUUACUAGAUUUGCUCUCCAAGGAGGAUUUUCAAAACUAUGUGAGCUACAUUCGCUCAUAUGAGAAGUAUGUAAAGACAUGGAUACUUGAACAGAUAAAGAAGCACUUCUCAAAUGAGUCGACAGUUUUUGAGUUUGAGGAGCGACAUUUACGGUCAUGUAUUGACAGCAUAAAUUCUGCCAUCAACAAGGCAAAAACCAGAAAGAGUGAUGGCUUCAAGGCUUUUGUUGAAGAAAUUUGUAAAGAACUUGGUGAUAAACUGGUCAUUUCCCAGGAUGCUCUUGGUGCUUUCAUGAUACUGAACAAUGCUGACAAGGAACAGUUUGCUGACUGGCUCACAGCAUCUGUGAAUGACUUAGAAAAAGCUCUCAGAAUUGAGUUUAAAGAAUCUACCUUUGACAAGAGAUUAGAACAUCUCUGUGUAGAGCCUCAGGAUGAGCUUUUUAGCCAGCUGAUUGGUUGUGGCAAACAGUGUCCAUUCUGCAAAGCUCCCUGUGAUGCAGGAGGAAAAGCCCAUGGCCCUGUCAGCAGCCAGUCGUCCCAGAGCGGACUGAGCCCUGGUCCCAAAGGCCUGAGAUCCGAGGGACCCCAUCUGGCCAUGGGCGCCAGGGCUGCCGCCGGGAGUGAGCUGGGUACAUACCUGUGUGCCCAACCCGAACGCCGAGAACCACCAACGGGGGCAAUCAACCCCAGACCCACGAGAUGCUACACUUGGGGUGGAGGGAAGCAGACCGCCCUUGGCCUGACAGCCGCAGAGAGGCCCAGCAUCCCACACCCCAGCCAGACUGCCAACUCCACCCAGUCCCCUGCCCCGAUGUUGUACAGAGAACGGGGAGUGGAUUCCUGGAAAGCAGAGACCUCCUGCAAGGAUGUGACAUCUUACCCGCCAGUUGAAGAGGCCCCCAUUUCCACCAGCGCACUAGAAUCCCCCUGCACCAGGGCUGGGCCCCCGUGCAUCCACCCACCCACAACCCCAGCGAUACACCAACCAGGACCCGAGCCCCCAGGGGCCAGCCAGAGCCCCAGCCCGGAAGUGGAGCACCCCCAGAAACCCAAGCCCGCCCCGGAACACCCAGGGGCAGAUUGGCUACCAGGCCAGUGA